AUGGAAGGCCGAGGCUUAACGCUGAGAAGCAAGACUCGCCGGCAGCGCCCGCAGAUCAGUGCUCCCAAACCAAUUUCCGGCCCCUUGCCCGCCAACACGAGAUCCCCGGAUCCCGAUCAGCCUCCCAUCCCCGCGAGCCGCGACCGAGCUCCCCAGAGCGAUGCUACUUCCGAUUUGGUGAAGCGACGCUAUUCGACCAGAUUCAAUGCCGCCCCCGACUUCGAUGUCGAUGCUCCUCCGGUCCCUGCUCUUCCUGCCGCAACACCAGGAGGGUAUGGUGGGCUGGGUGUCCCAGUGCCGGCCUCCAAACAAGUGUCCUCAGCCGAAGGCGCGGGCCCCGCGCCCGUGGUAGAUUUGAAUGCGCUGAGAGACCCCAGUCUACCGGUGGAAAGAUAUGUCGCCAACCUCCUUGCCAACGCGUCUGAAGAAGAGAUCCAGAAUUACCAGGACAAGCUGCGCAAAGUAAAGAACCGAACCUCAACCGACCUCCAGCAGAAUGUGUAUCAGAACCGCACUCAAUUCAUCAAAAUCAGUCGAGAGGCGGAGAAGCUUAAGGAUGAAAUGCGAACCCUACGUACCCUGAUGUCCGAGCUUACAAAUGCACUGGGCCAGACAUCCGUGGGCAACACGCCCAACCCGAUGUCGCCGACUGACGAUCACCUCCCUAAGCGCAGCGUGAAUCGCAGCUCCGUGGCCAGCCUGGAAAGCAUGUGGAGUGUUCAGUUGCAGACCUUGUGGAAGACUGUCGAGGGCUCUCAAAAGUUCUUGCCAGCGGUUCCAGGUCGACAUAUCGUGUUGGAGACGGGAAAUUGGGCUGAGCUGGACUCGGCAACCUGGAAGCCAAGGCGCCCGGUUCACAUUGUCCUACUGAACGAUCAUCUGCUAGUGGCUGCGAAGAAGCGCAAGCGUGUCGACCAGAACAACCCCAAUCAACGCGGGCCCGUGCCAACUAAGCUCGUGGCCGAGGAGUGCUGGCCGCUACAGGAUAUUGACAUGAUCGAUUUAGCUGCCAACAUGGGCACAGGGGCCGCCCGUGAAGAAGCCCUGGAUCGCGGUAUCGGGAAUGCGAUCAGCAUCCGGGUCGGAACCAAGCCGUAUACCUACCGCCAGGACAAGCGUGACACCUCGACGAAAAACGAGCUUCUGGCAACAUUCCGCAAGACGGUCGAGGAUCUCCGACGAACUCUGCGCACAGAGAACGAGGCGGCCAGCAAGCCUCACGAGGCGUAUGGGUACCUUGCCGGGCGACACAUGUCACCAUCGCUUAAGUCUGAACAAUUCGAUCUUGCCGAAGACCCUCGCGAUAAGUCCGAGUUGCGUAUCGAUGUUGAUGGCAAGCAGCAGAAUCUCCGUUGGGUGGAGGGACAGGUGGAUGAGUUGGACAUUGACAUUGCACUACAACGAUUUGAAGCAGCAGUAUCAAGCAUUGAACGACUGCGAAAACUUGCCAAGGGACUCAAGGGCAACCUUGUCGCCCAAGAGGUGAUCAAUGCCAAGGUUGAUGGACGAGCAACACGUCUGGCAGGCAUGCUGUCACGCGCCCUCGUGGACACGCACUCGUUCCCGGUGACAACCAAAACCAAUGUCAUUUGGCUAAGCCGUUUGGGAUUCGAGGACCAAGCGCGCGAGACGUACCUCAAUGCACGAUCUGACGUGAUUACCAAGCGCAUCCGUGCCUGCAUCUUCGAGGGUGAUCUCCCACUCUACAUUUUUCAAAUCUCCUACGUCUACUUCUCCCUCAUCAAGAAUACGAUCAGUAUCUAUCAACAGUGCUUCCCGGGCGUGAUGACCAGCUCUUGUAUUCGCUGGGCCAAGCAUCAUCUGGACGGAUUCAAUGCUCUUCUGAACCGCCAGCUCAGCAGCGUACAACGCGGCACCUCGGUCUGGCACAAAUGUCUUGAUAUUGUCCAUGAACAUGCCGAUCUACUGACGGAAGUCGGCGUCGAUUUCACUGAUUUGGUGGCGCGGGGCUUGGAGGAGAACGGCGAGCUAUUUCCUGUUGGACGUACUGUGCAGCCAGACAAGGUGGUGGCGACGUCAUCGCCGCCUACUUCAGUUCUUUAA